AUGGCGCACGCCGCCGGCGGAGCUACCUUCUCCGAGUCCGCGGCGGUAGACUCCAUCACGCAGCGGCUGCGCAGCGGGCUCGCCUGGCGAUCUAUGCUGCUGCAGCAGGUUGGAGUGAACCGGUACUGCACCUACGACCCCAGCACAGAGACCGCGGUGACGACGAUGUACGAAACCGGUGGCUCCUCCCUGGGCAGCCAGGCGGAGCAUCUCCAGUCGGGCGAGGACAUAGACUGCACGUACGGAGUCUCGUCCUGCAACGAAGCGGUGCUGACUCGAAGUCAUGAGCGGUACCAUGGGGAGGCUGCGAUACCGUCCGCCUUUACCUUCUUUCAGGAGGACGGCACUGUGAUACGUUAUGUCGACGACUUCAUAAUUUAUUCCCCAGCGUGCGAUAAGAUAACGCCGCUAGACCACUUGUCCCGUUUCGGCAUGGGGCUCUGGUUGAUGGGGAAGCUAAAACUGGUGAACAGUCUCUACACCGCCAGCGAGUUGAGCGCGCUGAUGCAUCCGACACUCAACGAAGACCUUUCGUCCCACGACUCGUCGCGUGGCCGGCAGCGCCGCAAGUGCAAGGUAAUAGGCGUGCGUGCCCGCAUCCUGGACUUCUUUAUCGACUACGGGUGCAAGCCGUCCGAUGUGCCCGCGUUAUACGUCAUAAGUGAGCACGAUGUAUACUAUCGGCUGGACAAGCCGGCGCAGCGCUACGUCAACUACUAUGUAUCAUUCAUGCUCUACUACAACCUCUCGACGCGCAUCACCAAGGAAUACCAGCGCGACCGCAACCGCAGGCUUCACGAUAUAAUGGCGGAGAUAAUGGCAGAGGGCGGUUCGGCCCUUACCACCUGGAACGAGGCCAUGCAUGUGCAGGGGUUAACGGAGGCGGACCUUAUCAAGGUUAUAGAGAUGAUAUACAGGGACUGCCUCCAUGUGCAUCUCUUCCAAAGCCGCAAUAAAGAGAGCAGUUAUGAGCAGACGCAGGAAAUGAACGCCCCCUCCAGCAUAGGAAGUAUCAAUUCCCUGCAAGCUUAUCCACCACUCGAUGCGCGCGACCUUUAUGCUGGACUCGAUGCGCCGUACACCAUGUUGGGUGCUUCUAAGGUUAUGGGAAACAGUAUGCUCGUUUCGGAUAUCAACAUGGAGCCAGCCGGGCUAGGCACCAUGUAUGCGCCACCCGACCUCGCAGCAGCUAACACUGGCGCAAACACUAUUGGAUUGCUGUUGUGCGACCUAAUGGCGGUGUUGAAGGAACAUCGGCCGUUCGUCUUCUUCGACCAGAGUUUCGUGGUGCCCGAGUUCAUGAGCACCGCACGUCUCACAGAGAAGUAUCUAUCCACCUUCCAGCAGCUUUAUGAUGAUCCCGAAAUGUUACAACAAAAGAGGCAAAGGAAUAUGCCUAUUCCAGCCCGGCCACCUUUGGUGGAUACGAAGGCGCUCAUCGCUACUUCCGAAGUGGUACGAGCGCACAAAAUGCCAAAGAUAGGGCCGCAACCUAAGUCGGCUAAGGCGAGCAAAACACACAAGGACGGUUCCGCUACGAGGGUGUAUAGGGAAAGCAAAGCAAGCAAAACUGCCGCGGCUAUGGACGCUAUAAAGGUUGUAGUACAAGCGCCGCCUCCAGUAGAGAUCAAAAGCAAGGUCUCGGGGCGCAUCAUAAAGCGCAACUCGAAGCUGGCGGAUUCUGAAGAAGUGCAGCUGAUUGUGCACGAGGAACCGAAACCCGUCGUUAAGCGGUCUGUAGCGGCGCCGGAGCCUGAUGAAGCGAUGCGACAUCGUCAACAGAUGUUGAUUGACACAGAGAAGCAGUGCAACGCACUUGCUUUGCCGGAUGACUUCGCGUACACGUGCUACAACACGUCGAGCGACGUUUCAGGCGACGAAGCCGGCAGACAACCGCUGGCGUUGCUCAAUGAUUGCUGCGUUGAACUGAAUGAUGCGAGGUAUUACCCACGCGAUAUCCCUCUCCGUCUACUCAGGUUCUACGGCGCGGAUGACAUUUUGGAUAUAGCGAACGUGUGUCGACAGUUCUCGGCGUCACCCUCCACUGCUCAGCCGAUGCUGCCCAGGUUCACUUUCGCCGAGCUCGAAAAGAGUCUGCUCUACACCACCAGCGUCGACGUGUACAAGCCCAUAGAGCCUUCCACGUUCCGUUUUGAACCACCCCAAUGUCUCUGCAGCUUGGUUGCAAAGGACCAGGACUGGUUACCCAAAUUCCAGAGGCUAGAUAAGAGGGUAAAUGACCUGUAUGUCGGGCUUAUGCGUUCCCUGAACGACUUCAGCCGCUAUGAGAGUUACGAGUAUAAGGUGCGGAUGAUGCGGCUACUCUCACCUCUGUCGGACAAGAAGAAGGACGCGCAGGAACGCGACAUAAAGGCGAGCAUGCCCGACUAUGAUACGCUGUCUUAUUUCAUAUCUACUCACGGCGGCUGCCUCUACCGCGGGCGGUUCAGGCACAUAAUACCGGAGCCUGAACACCCGAUUCCAUACAUAAACACUGCGCGGUGGAACAGAAGGUUUAAAAAGGUCGAGCGGUUGCUGGCGGCAACUAAGUCUUACGUUUACACCAAUGUGGAUUACGAGUAUCUACCGGAAGGCGUUGUGAUAUCAUUAAAUUCGCGUUUAGAAGGCGUACCCAUGGAUCUGCUAUCCAGCCAUUGCCGGGAAGGAGCCGAUUACCGAGUGAUAUACCCCUCAGAUGUUUUCGAGGUGUUGCCGACCUUCUCUAAAAAAAUGCUGGUCUGGCAAACGGAGGUUUUACCGGAGGCACGAGAGCGUUCGGACCUGAUCAAUGCGCUGAAUGACCGGUUGAGGGCUUCAUCUCUGGCUCUUUUCACUGUGGAUCCAGUGACGCCGAACAAAACGGAGCCCGUGUUGGGAUUCGGUUUCAAGGAGUCAAUUAGCUUGUUGAGUGCGAAGGUCGCGCUGAAUCCAAUGAUGUUGACGGAGUUCACUUGGCCGUGUCUAUUGCGGCUCUAUCUAUUCUACGCAGUUUACUCGUGCCGUCGUAGGUAUCUGUACAGGCUAAACUCUAGGAGUUUCGGAGAUGCGCGGUCUACCGCCAUGGAAGACGACGACGAAGACGAAGAAGACGAUGAACCCAUCGAUAAAGAGGCCCCCGAAGGUACCAAGGGCGAAUCUACGACAGCUAAAUCAAACGCGUCGCUGCAGGCAACUAACAAUUCCGAGGAUGAUGUGGACGAUGAAGAGGAAGAAGAUGAGGCAGAAGGAGAGGGAGAGGCGGAAGCAGAGGAGGGGACUCGCGUUGGUCGCCGUCGUGGCUUAGGAGCGCAGCGGUAUUCUCCGUACUAUGAAUUCGAGAUUCAGUGGUACCCAGAUAUCAAUAGAGUUAAGCAUAUGUUCAAAGGCACAGUGUCAAUCGAAGCGGUGAAAGUCAUAUUGGAAAAAUUGCGUGUCUGCAGCAUUUUUGAACUUGAGGUGCGCGACAGGCUGACACUGUUGCGGUGGAUGGGUGAGCUGCUGGCUUAUAGCCCAGACGCCAAGCGCUUCAUCGACCAAAGGAACGAUGAGUUUUUCAGCUUGAAGGCAGCACUGGUCAAGAGUGACGUUACGCAGGCGCCAAACGUGGCAGCUUCAGCUGAUGGAAAGGCUGAGGACGUGGAUAGGUCGCCAGAUUAUGAAACGAUGGCACUAACAAAUAACGUCGGCGCUGCAGUCAAAUCCGAAAAGGGCGGUGCGCUCAUCACAGCUGAAGGAAAAGUGGGUGUCAAAAGGAGGGGUAGGUACAAAACGAAGAAGAAUACGGAAGCUGCAUCAUCACAGCAACUAUCUAACGCAAAAUCUCACCCGGACGUAAAAACUGAAUCCGAAAAUGUGUCAAACCUAUCUUCGAACGUUCAAGUAAAAUUGGAAUCUAACGAUGUCGAUGGUGUGGCCAUAAAGGAAGAGCCUGGAGCGAUAGCACCUGGUAAACACGCUUCUGCGGGCGAUGUAAAGUUAGAGGGCGAUACGCAAAAUCCUGAGGGCGGUGUUACAAACAAUUCCAGAGAAAACGAUUCGGCUGUUGCCCUGGUGGCUACCAUUGAUACGGUGAAACGGAAGAAGCCCAAGGAGAUAAUGAAGGAGCUGGCCGAAUUGGAAGAACGAUACGUGCAGCGUAACGUGCAUCUGGGUCGUGAUAGGUUCUACAAUGAUUACUACUAUUUCGGCGGGGAUCUGGGAUGCCGCAUUUUUGUGCGCACUCUGCCGUCCGCCAGGUUUACAGCUCAACGAACCUCAAUUCGGUCAAAGCAACGACGCGGCGCUUCGUUUGGUCCUGAAAAGUUCAAAUUUAGGAUUGCGGAUUAUGCCAAGCAACUGAUGGAGGACCGUAUUUUUGCUGUCGACGCUGGGACCGGUAAGAACAAGCGGAAAGCUGCGGAAGAAAGCUCAACGUCUGAGCCUCAGGACGACAACAAAAAGGCACCCGAUGAUUCCAACACGGCGCCUAAUCCGCAGGAAGCCUCUAGCGAUCCGAAGAACGUGGGCGAAGUAAAAGAGGAGGUCGGCACACAGAUGAUCAAACGGCGAAAACCGAAAGGUCGGAAACCCAAAAUGGCUAAACCUAGGCUGAGACGCAGCCGUGAAUUCUUCGAAAGACAGCCAACAAGUUUCGAUACUGUAAUUGACUACCUGAACUACCUAACAACCAUCCCGCCUCGUCUCUCUUGGGGGGUUAUGGAUACCCCUUGGGACAUCCGAAUGUUCAUUGACCGGUUAUCUCCGCUCACCAGCAACGAGAGGGGGUUGCAAGCAAAGUUGAUACAGCUCGAACCGGAGUUUAACAACCUGUCGUUGCAACCAAACGGCUCCGUAGAGGCGUGGCGUGCGCCAACCCCCUACGGCCAUCUACUCAUAUCGCUUAGUCAAGGUGUGAAAUCCUUUUCGUCGCGCAUUAUCGAGAUGUCAAGUACAACGUUGUUACGCUAUGGUAUCAUGAAAUCCGAGUCGCCGUCUCACAACGAUCUGAUGAUGCAUGUUAAGAGCGAAGGAGAUACACGCAGGGGCAAAGCGACCGAUGCGGCAGUUGGUGGCCAGCCGUGUAAUGUUUGUGCCAGUAAUGGGCGUAACUUAUGCGGCACAAACCCCGCAGAGAUGAUCAGCGUCGAGAACAAUCGCCUAGCGCAGCUCAUCGACAGUAUGACGUUGGACUCGCUGAAAUGUUGCUGUGGCGACCUUGCAACGGUUGCUUCGGGCAUGGCACUGAUCUUGCAAUUGGUUGUUCUCUGCGAAUCCGCCGUAUCGCGAUAUUGCGACUGGCUUCCAUGGAAUGAGAAACGUGCCAUGUGGUUGGACAAAAUGGAUUCAAUGUACCGAGAUGUACAACGCAUAAGUGCACCAGUUACUGCUAACGCAGGAACUGGGACUGUUUCCGCGCGCGAUUGUGCCUGUGCAUCACGGGGCGGCAGCGCUGCCCUAAGUGAUGACGAAAAGCUGCUACUACAGAGUAUCGAGGAAUUGGGUCUGUGGUUCCAGUAUGUGUACGUCUUUAACCAGCCGAGGUUGGAGGCGUUGUCUAAAUACCAGCUGCGCUGGACUUCUGUAUCGGCUAUCGAGAAGCCGACGUUGCUCUGCUCCCACAUCUCCACCAUGUGCCAAGGUUCUGUGGUCUAUAUGUUCGGGGGGUACAGGGAGUGGCUGUUGUCGCUGAACGAAAACAAGCUCUUCCCACGCGAAUUGCUCGCUGACAUGGUGAAGGAUUACGGCAGUGUGCCAACCGAACCUAACACGGCCUCUCUGCUCAAGGCGCUGCCUUCCAUGGAACCGGUGGUGCCCAAGGAGACGCUGGAGGUUCAUGUGGAGUCUGUGUGGUUGUUUGAAGUGCCUGAAUGCGGUCGCUUUGCGCGACUUGUUGUACGCAGUGUGGGAUAUGAGAAAUACGACCAGGAGGCAAAUCCCACUUGUGAUUCCGUCGUCGAGGGGCGACUUGUACCAUACUUGCAAUCUGUUUACGCCUCUGCAGCUGAACAAGGUAAUGAUUAUGGGUUAGAUAAGGCAGUGGAGGAUGGUGUUGACUACGUGCUCCGAGGAGAAUCCCUCGUAUCAAAGAGGUUCGUAGUGUACGCACCGCUAGACUGCAUUGAAAGGGAGUCCGAAUUCAUGCUACCGCUUACUUUUUUGGCGGGCCACAUGUCACCGGUAUGGCGGAAUUUAAUGAGCUGCAACUGGAGAGGGGCACCUUGUAAGGUACGCAGCAUGUGCUACGGCGCUGCGGACCUGUGGCGCGCAGUGCAGAUUGACGCUGCCGACCAGAGCGAGAUGGUUAAUUUGUGGGAGAUCUCACCGAUGUGA